UGAUAGAAAUGUGUGUGUGUGUUUAUGUACGCAUGAACGAAUGAGUCGACACAGCUGGGCACGGCCAUGCAGACAAGUGAAUGUCUUGCCGUCUAGCUGUCUGUCCGCGGCCGACACAGCCAAAAACAGUCCCAAUGAACACACUAACGCACCCUCACACUUGUCUGCCUGUCAGCCGCCUCACAUGGAUCGAUGGGCGACUGACUCUGUCUGUUCUGUACAGCAAAAUCGACUUGACCGAGAGACCGUCAGUCAGACCAUGGUGGCCACGGGGGUGCUGCCGUGUUGGUGGAUGUUCUUGCGCCUCGUCCGCAGAUGAAGCCGGCGGCGCUUUCGCAGCUCGUGCAGAUCUGUGGAUCCCCACAGACACAUUCAAGGAUGUAUCUGUGUCUGUGUGUGUGUGUUCGUGGCCUGCCUCCCUGCAUACCUUCUUCGGCGAGGGUCCGGAUGAGUUUCCAGAAUUGUGACACAGGGCAGCUGACGAAAACCUCGUAGACGAGCGCCACAGCGUCGAUGACCGUCGAGUACUGAUGGAUCGAUCGACCGGAACGCACACGAGGACACUCGUAGUUGUCUUGCUCGCUCUCCGUUUGUGUCUGUCUGUUUGUGUGUCUGUGUGUGUGACGGACGGUGGGUAGAUUGGAUACCACUUCGCCCUGUGCGAAUAUCAUAAAGAAGAGCCGCACAGCCGACACCACCAGCAGACCUAUCAGAUACUGCACGGCAACGCAUCCACACAUCCACCAGAGAUGUCUGUCCAUAUAUCAGCCGGCCCCGCCUGGCUGGCUCUCCAUUGCAUUCACUCCUCACUCACUCACCGCAGCGAGCAUCCGCUUGGAGUACCACACCGCACCCACGGCACCGAAGACCAGAGGAAAUGGGACUGCCAAGAGCAGCCACAUGUCACGCAGAAACCACAAGGCAAUUAACACCUGCACACGCACUCCACGCCCACACCACCACGCCAUCCGGUCAUGAAGCGAGUGGUGGGUGGUGAAUGUUGACACCGCUCCCUGGCUGACCGCGUCGAUGGCCGUGUAUAUGACGAUCUUCCUGGAUUGCUUUUUGGUGUAUUGGAGGUGCUGCGACGCCAUCGGCAUCGGAGGAGGCAGCGACAUCAUCGUGCUGUCCAACUGAAAAGGCACCUGACCUGCACACACACACACACACACACAUAGACGCCCAAUCGAUGAGUGUGGGUAUGUGCCAAGCCUGUGUGUUUCUUUCUUUGUACUACCAUACCAUAUAUAGUGGGCGGAAACCUCUUGGCGAGGGGAAAAUUGAACUGAUAGAGGGGCAGAGGCGGCAGAGGAGGGCCAGGCUGACUAGACCGACGGCCACCGCUGCUAUUCCCAUGCACACCUGACAGACAACCAGGGAGCGAAACACCGAUACACACACACGUGGAUGAGAAACCAAUGCGCGGCUCACUCACCACCGUCCCUCUGCUGCGGCUGCUGCUGCUGCUCGGACGAUGGCCCGCUCUCCGUCGUCUGCGCCGCAUCUGGCUGCACGCUGACCUCAUUCUGGCCCUCCCCCGUGUUAUCAGCUACCGGCGCCUGUGAGGCGGGCUGUGGGAACGAUGGAGUCAUUAUCUGGUCUCGCUGCAGCCGCAACACACACAGAGUAAUCAUAGAAUGCUUCACGAGAGAAAGAUCAAACUUUCAUCACACCUGGGAAACGAAGAGAGCUGCAGCAACCUGAGAUCCAGCAGUCGGCACGAGAAGAAACGACUGCAUGUGUUCCUGUCUGUCGCGUGUUGCCCGCAACUUGUUACCUGCUGGAUGCCGGCCUCGUCCAUGUGCUGUCUGCCGGCGCCGCCGUGUCCAUCAGCACCUCUGUGGGGAUGUCUGGAUGAGCCGUGCCGCCGCUGCCCGCGAGAUGACGGACACAGCCAGUGACGGGCCAUGAUUGUGCGCGUGAGAGGGGCACCGGAGAAGCAAAGGAGUCGAAUGCCAACCCUCAAGGAUUUCG